AUGCACGACUGGUUCGCGCCGAUAGAUACACCUACUGAGCGAAAACUGAUCCUCAAGCUCGAUGGAUUGAUCAUUGUCUUCGUCUUCCUGGCGUAUUGGGCUAAGGUCCUUCAUUCGUCCGCAACGAGUACCGCAUAUAUGACCCGCUGCCCGGUCAACUAUUUCCUCCCAGCAGCCGACCUAAUCUGGGGAGUCUUGACCUUGGCACAAUACAAGGCAAGUAACGUCACUAGGCUCUACGCCCUGCGCUUCUUUGUGGGGACGCUUGGUGGCUUCUUCUUCUCGGCUGUGGAAUGGUACCUUGGAAGUUGA